CCCACACUGCAUAUAUCUGGCAGGGUGCAGUGAGGUGAGGACCUGCAGCACUCUCACUUCUUCUCAGCUGAACCUGACAGACUACAUCUGCAAAGAUUAUGACAGGUUUGAUCAUCAAGAACUUCUCCUUCGAGGUCGGACAGAAAAUGACCGCAGUUGGAAUCCCCAACCAUAACGCUGACCAAUUUUCAGUGAACAUUGGGGCCAAUGAGCAGGAGAUUGCUUUGCAUGUCAGCCCUCGUUUUAACUCCCACGGAGAUAAGAAAAAAGUGGUCUUCAACUCUCACCAGGGAGGCAACUGGGGUGAGGAGGUGCGCAUUAAAGACUUUCCUUUCCAGCGGGGAAAGGAGUUCAAGAUCAUCAUUGAAUUCCAAGAGUCAGGGUUCUUGGUGAUUAUGCCGGAUGGCUUUAAGUUCCCCUUUCUCAACCACUCUGGUGCCAAGAAGUAUUCCUGCUUCAGCUUCGAUGGGGACGUUUGCAUGAAGAGACUUGAGGUUGAUUAAACCUCCACCCUUCUGGCAAAUUCAGUUUUUCUUUUUCACUUUGUCUAGCAUCAGAUCACAUAUAGCCCCAGCUUUUAGGUUCCUGAACACCACGUAUCAGUAGUGCCUUACAUGUUUACUGUUAUGCAAGAAUUUAGUUGACGUGCAGAUGCAAGCAACCACAGACACAACAUGGAUAAAGAAGAUAAGCAAAUGCAAAGUCAUAAUAGUCAUGUGUUAUCUGACUGUUAUUUGCUCUGCAGUUUGCAGCGUUUAGGUGAAAAGUACCAGAUAAAAUGUGAUCCAUUGUUCUUUAAGGUGCCUUGAAAUGCUGCAUGCUCUCAUGUUUUCCCUCCUAGACAUUCCAGAUGUAUGACUAAAUACAAUGCUUGCCUUUACAACAUGUAUUAAAGCAAGUC